AUGGCACCUCCGACCGAGGAGCAACUUCUGCAUAACUCUGUCGUCCAAUAUGAAGUUGCGAAAAUUAAUCCCCUUCUCCCCGGCGAGAACCGAUCUGAUAGCUACUUGGCAACACUGAACGAUCAAUGCCGCCGUUUGCCCAUCAUGCAGACAGAGAAUUUCGAAAGGUUCCUCAAACUUUACAAGGCUAGACAGGUGGUGGUCGUCAACUCUGAUACAGGCUCUGAAGACUCGAGACAGCUCGUGAAACGAAUCAUGUACCUCGAACUCAACAAAGGCCUCAAGGUUGUCUGCACUCAGCCUGAUAAGGUUGCAGCCAGAGAACUCGGUCAGCGCGUCUCAGCAGAGCUUGAAGUUAAGUACGGUGAACAGGUUGGUGUUCAGUACCGCAACUACAACAAGACCAGCGAUCGGACUCGAUUGUAUUUCGUGACAGAGGGCAUGCUCCGCAAGCAAGUCGGGGACAAUCCUAACCUGGCCGGUUAUUCAUGUGUCAUCCUCGAUUUCCAGGACCAAACAACAAACAACGAUCAUCUCCUUUGGCUACUCAAGCAAGCCCUCGCUCUCCGUUUCGAUCUCAAACUCGUUAUCAUGGCAGCAACCAAAUCCGAAAGGCUUGCCAGUGACUUCGGCGUUCCCAAAGUCCUCAACCUCGAUAAAGAUUCAUUCUCGGUUGUGAUCGAGUACAUGCCCGAAGAGUUCCCUCACUAUUGCGAGAUGGCUUUGAGUUACGUGAACCGCAUCCAUAAUGAAGAAGGCCCAGGUGAUAUCCUUGUCUUCUUGGGAUCUGCCCCUCAAGUUGAUCGUGCGGUCGCGACGCUACGUGAAAAUAUCUCAGAUCUAGAGACUUUCCCAUUGCAUGACAGAAUGGCUAAGGAAGAACAGAAGAAAGCACUUCAGUCGGGCGGUGAGAAGCGCAGGUGUGUUGUUACUACCAACAUCGCCGAGAGUAGUGUCACUGUCAAUGGCAUUUCUUAUGUCGUUGACAGUGGUAUCCAGAUGGAUCCGAUCUUAAACCCCCGCGUGGGAAUGAAAACCCUCCGAGCUACGCCAAUCUGCAAACAAUCCGCCGAUCAGAGAGCUAAAUGCGCCGGACGAACUCAAUCAGGAAUCUGUCAACGCCUGUACACGAUAGUGACAUAUAAUGAGGUCUUACCCAAUGUCCAAUCUUUCGGGAAGCUAACAGAGUGUUUCAAAACGGCCCUUUUGGCUUUAAGGAUAAGGGGUGCAGACAUUAAAUCUGUCUAUACUUUCGACUUUAUCGAUCCUGCGAAUGAGGAAGUCUAUCUCCGUGGGCUAGAGAACCUCAGAGCCUUCAAUCUUAUCGAUGAAAACGGAACCAUGACUCCAGUUGGCAAAACCGCUGACAAGCUUCCCCUCAGCAUCAAUCCCAUCUGGCACAACGCAUUCGAGGAGGCCAUCAAGCUUGGCUGCCUAUCUGAACUCAUCGACAUCGCUGCUCUCGUGAGCGUAAAGAACAUCUGCCUGAUACCACCCGAGACACUACAUGCAGCCGACGUGUUACACGAACAAUUCAUGGACCCCUUGUCGGAUCAUUUGUCAGAGCUCAACGCUCUGUACGCCUACUUACACAGGAAGCGCAAUAUGUCAACAGAAGAGUUGGCAAUCUGGUGUCACGAAACAUUCCUGAAUUCGGCAUCACUAGAACAGGCCUUGAAACGGCGACAUGAGUUGAUCGGAUGGUGCAAAGCAAAUCUUGGCGUCUCUGAAAUCUCUGGUCUAACCCUGGCUGACACAGACUACCACGUCAAGAUCCGCAAAGCCAUCGCCAAAGGGUUCAUCCACCACGCUGCGACCAAAGAUAAUACUUGCCAUCAACGUCAGUACAUCACGCUGGAGAACAUUCCCGUCGUUCUUUUUUACCGAAGCGCUAUUGGGACAAAUUGGAAGUGGGUUGUGUAUCACAGGAUUGAAACUACAGCUACUAGCCUCCAUUACAUGGAUCGAUGUACUGUUGUGGAAGAGAAUUGGCUUUUGGAAAACGAUUAUUUCUAUCCCAUCAACUUGCCCAAAGACGACAAUGGGAAAGUUCGAGUAAAGAGAAUCCAAAUUCUCUUCGACAUUUUGAAUCGACCAUACCAACCAUGA